UAUGAAGACAGGACUUCACAUUUGCAAGAAAAACAGACCGGAAUUGACACAAGCACCAACUUGAAGGGAGUUCAAACCCAGAACUAUGAGGUACGACCUGAUAACAAAGACCUUCUUGUUGAAUAUGUUUUAGAGCAUAAGUGGCAAAAAAAAGCAUUUGACGAAGGCAUUAUUAUCG